AUGACGAUCAAGGCCACACAAUUCACCCCAGAGGUGCUACUUGCUGCCCCGCGCCGAUCAGCUGGCAUUCCCAACUCGACCGGGAACUUGCUCUUAUAUACUGUAUCGACAUACUCGUUUGAGACCCACGUCAAGACGUCCCAGAUCAGAGUCCUGAACAUCAAGGAUGGCGCAUCACACCUCAUCUCUGAGAAUCCCGCUGCGAGCGAUCCUGUAUGGAUUAGCCAGGAUGAGAUUGCCUACCUCAAGCCCACCGACCGUGGCUGCACCGCGUUGAUGGCUCAACGGGUGACAGAGACUACUUCAGAAAGGCCCUACAUGAUACAAUUCUUUGCUGGAAAUAUAUCAAACACCAAGAUCAAGCAGCUCUCUUCCACCAAGGCCUAUUUGUGUUGUUCUGCGCCAACUACUCCAAGUGGUGAGAUGUACUGGCCCUCUGCCGAGGCCAAGUCUCAGUCUUCCGCCAAGGUGUACACAUCGCUCUUCGCCCGGCAUUGGGACGCCUGGACAAAUGAGAUACAGAGCUCUCUCUGGUUCGGGAUUCUGGUAAAGGAGAACGGCCGAUGGUCGUUGCCGCAGCCUGGUCUCACCAACAUUCUGGCUGGUACUCGACUGAGCAGCCCCGUGCCACCAUUUGGCGGUACUGGCGAUUUCGAUAUCUCAACUACCGGUAUUGCAUUUGUAGCCAAAGAUCCCGAGUUGAACGCUGCGAGGUACACAAAAACAGACCUCUACUACAUCCCAGUUCACAGCGAUGGGCUGAGAAAGCCCAUUGUUCCUCAAAUAGUCCAGACUGGGCGUCUACGAGGAUACUCCCAGUCCCCGACUUUUUCCAAAGAUGGGAAGCAGAUUGCCUUCUCUCGUAUGAAGUCGGACCAGUAUGAAUCUGAUAAACCUAGGCUAUUGCUGAUUCCAGAUGUGACCGACCUCAGUAAUGUCCAGGAGUUUUAUCAAACAAGCGAUGAUAAGGGUGGCUGGGACCUUAGGCCCGACUGGAUUACAUGGAGCGACGAUGAUAAAGAGCUGUAUGUGGCGGCCGAUAAACACGGUAGAAUGAUGCUGUGGAAGCUACCUUCGUCUCCCUUACUCGCAACUGAGCUUCCGCAAGCCAUUUUCGAAAACGGGACUGUCAUCGAAGCAAAACCCCUCGGAUCCAGCAAAUCCCUCCUCAUCAGCACCAAAUCGCGAGUGGAAAAUUCCAGCUACGCCAUUCUCGACACCGAAACUCUGUCUCUCAAAGAGGUCUCAUCCAGUUCAAAGCAUGGCAAGACUUUGGGACUGAGUCAAUCUCAGUGCUCAGAUUUGUGGUUUACCGGAUCUGCUGGGGGCCAAGUUCAUGCUCUUGUGAUGACACCAUCUCAUUUUGACAAGGCCAAGAAAUACCCCCUUGCGUUCCUCAUCCAUGGCGGACCACAGUCGGCAUGGACGGAUGACUGGAGUACUCGAUGGAACCCAGCAAUCUUUGCAGAGCAAGGUUACGUCGUGGUUUGCCCAAACCCGACGGGAAGUACAGGAUAUGGCCAGGAUUUCACCGAUGCCAUUGCUAAUAACUGGGGUGGUGAUCCGUAUGAAGACCUCGUUAAAUGUUUCGAGUAUAUUGAGAAGAAUGUCGAGUAUGUGGACACCAACCGGGCGGUAGCCCUGGGAGGAUCGUAUGGUGGCUAUAUGAUUAAUUGGAUCCAAGGCCACGAUCUUGGUAGAAGGUUCAAGGCGCUGGUCUGCCACGAUGGCGUAUUUUCGACGUUGAACCAAUGGUCCACCGAAGAACUCUUCUUCCCAGAGCAUGACUUUGGUGGUACACUGUGGGAAAAUAGAGAGGGAUAUGAAAGAUGGGACCCGUCAAGACACCUUCGUAACUGGGCUACCCCGCAGCUGGUCAUCCACAGCGAACUUGACUAUCGUCUCCCGAUAUCGGAAGGUCUGGCAAUGUUCAAUGUGUUGCAAGCCCGCAACAUCCCGAGCAAGCUUGUCAUGUUCCCAGACGAGAACCAUUGGGUAUUGAAGCCAGAGAACUCUCUCGUAUGGCACCGGGAGGUGUUGGGCUGGAUCAACAAAUACAGCGGUAUUGAUGAGGAGGCGAAGCUGGCCUCUGGAACAGGGAAACUAACCAUGUAG